AUGGGCUUGGUGUCAACCAGCAUCCUAUGGCUCGCCUCGACAGCAGCUGUCAUAGCGCAAACAUGCGAUCUUCCGUCGACUUAUCACUGGACAUCUACAGGCGCUCUAGCAACACCGAAGUCUGGUUGGGUCUCGCUUAAAGACUUCACUAAUGUCGUUUACAAGGGCCAACAUCUUGUGUAUGGGACUACUCAUAACACAGGAUCGGGCUGGGGCUCAAUGACCUUCAGCCUCUUUUCAAACUGGUCUGACAUGGCCACGGCUAGCCAAAAUGCGAUGAAUUCAGGCACAGUAGCACCCACGUUGUUCUACUUCGAACCGAAGGACAUUUGGGUGCUUGCCUAUCAAUGGGGACCGACCGCAUUCUCCUAUCGAACGUCAACCGAUCCUACCAAUGCAAACGGGUGGUCUUCGGCGCAGACACUUUUCUCCGGAACUAUCUCAGGCUCCAGCACCGGCUGUAUCGAUCAAACAGUCAUCGGUGACGACACAAAUAUGUACCUAUUCUUUACCGGAGAUAAUGGCAAGGUCUAUCGGGCCAGCAUGCCCAUCGACAAGUUUCCCGGCAGUUUCGGCACGUCGUCGACAGUGGUCUUAAGCGACACAACCAAUAAUCUGUUUGAGGCUGUUCAGGUCUACACUAUUCAGGGUCAGAAGAAGUACCUUAUGAUCGUCGAGGCGAUCGGGUCAAACGGGCGAUACUUCAGAUCAUUUACGGCUGACAGCUUGGACGGUUCCUGGAAACCGCAGGCCGCAACCGAGAGUAACCCUUUCGCCGGCAAGGCCAACAGUGGUGCUACUUGGACCAACGACAUUAGCCACGGUGAUCUGGUUCGCAGCAACCCUGACCAGACUAUGACUAUUGACCCAUGUAACCUAGAAUUACUUUAUCAGGGCCGAGAGAAGAAUUCCGGUGGUGACUAUGGUUUGUUACCUUACCGUCCUGGCGUUUUGACAUUGCAGCGUUAG